UCUCCCCUCAGACCGGCCAAUAAAAUCAGAUUGCAGGCCGGUUUGCGCGUUGCAUAACCACACUGCAGGUCCUCAGCGGCAACCAGUGCAGGUUCAUCUCCACUCAUCGGUUUACCUCUUCACAAUGGCAGCUCCGAGGAAAGUCUGCAUCGUCGGCUCUGGAAACUGGGGUUCUGCCAUUGCCAAGAUAGUGGGUGCCAAUGCUGCUCAGAAUUCAAAAUUCGACAACACUGUAAAAAUGUGGGUGUUUGAGGAGACGGUGAACGGACGCAAACUGACUGAAAUAAUCAACACUGACCACGAGAAUGUGAAGUACCUGCCUGGCCACAAGCUACCAGCAAAUGUGCUGGCCGUCCCAGACCUAGUGGAGGCCUCCAGCGAUGCAGACAUCUUGGUGUUUGUGAUCCCACACCAGUUUGUUGGGAAAGUGUGCGACACCAUUAAGGGGAAGAUAAAGAGUGAUGCCCUGGGGAUUUCCCUCAUCAAGGGUGUAGACGAGGGGCCUGAUGGACUUAAACUCAUCUCUGACGUGAUCCAGGAGAAGCUCGGUAUCACCAUGAGUGUGCUGAUGGGGGCUAACAUUGCCAAUGAGGUUGCUGAUGAGAAGUUUUGUGAGACAACCAUUGGAUGUAAGAAUAAAAACCACGGUGCUCUCCUGAAGGAACUCAUGCAGACCAACAACUUCCGAGUUACUGUAGUGGAGGAGUACGAUGUGGUGGAAAUCUGCGGAGCCCUGAAGAACAUUGUUGCAGUCGGGGCAGGUUUCUGUGACGGUCUGGGCUUUGGGGACAACACCAAGGCAGCAGUGAUCAGACUGGGCCUGAUGGAGAUGAUUGCCUUCGCCCGCAUUUUCUGCACCGCUGGACCCGUGUCCUCUGCAACCUUCCUGGAGAGCUGCGGCGUGGCUGACCUCAUCACCACCUGCUAUGGCGGCCGCAACCGCAAAGUAGCUGAGGCUUUUGUGAAGACAGGGAAGUCCAUCGAGGAGCUGGAGAAAGAGAUGCUAAAUGGUCAGAAGCUGCAGGGACCAGCGACAGCAGCUGAGGUCUAUCUCAUCCUCAAGCACAAAAACCUAAUUGACAAGUUCCCACUGUUCAAUGCAGUGUAUCAGAUCUGCUACCAGGGCCAUCCAGUCACAGAGUUCAUAAGCUGUUUGCAGAACCAUCCGGAGCACAUGUAAAAAAAAAAAAACAAAAAAACAAAAACAAAAACCAAACUGACCAAGUGCCUUCUAAACGGAGAACAUUACCACUUUUCAUCUGUCCCCUGUCAGAGAUAAACGGGGGAUGACCCGUCACUCCACAGCUGUUGUGCAACUAAACGUCUCCAGCCAGUGAGUGGACGGUUGCAUAGCAUUUGUGUGUGUUCAGCUGUAGUUCCACCACUUUGUCCUUAACGUUCAGUUUUUAACAUCCUUUUAGUGCUUUCCUUCGUUUCCUGACAUAUACUGAAACUUGAAGGAUGCUCGUUGGAAGUGUGUGUGAUGGUCCAAUAGCUCUUUUUGUUCACCUGAGAUGUAUAUUUUUUACAGCCAGGAAAUCAGAAUACAUGGUGUCAGUUUUUAGACAACAGCCAACACUAAUACAGAAAGAACAUGAUGGGUAAAUCAUGUCUUUGUCAACCACCCUUAAAUGCCAUAAUAUAUUUGCACAAUGUUGAUGUGGCGCUUCAUCAUGUGUUCAGAUUUUCACGGGGCCAACCACUCAGGGCAAAGACCUAUUGACAGCCUUCUAUAGAGGGAUUCAUGCUCAUCUAACAUUUAUGUUGCCGUCCAGUGAAUACCACGUCCAUCACCACAGUUUAUUUAGUCAUAGAUGUAAUACCUCAUCAUGUCUUUGUAUAUUCUUCGUGUCUUACUUAAUUCACCGUGGUCUUUCCUUUCCUGUACUGUAUUAUUAACAUACUGUCGAUCGCACAAUUGUUUUUAACAUAAAGAUGCAAGUGCCUUAGAUUGCACUGUUGCUAAAUCCUGGCCAUUGUCUCUUUUUUGUUUGUUUGUUUUUUGGUCAAACCAAAGAUUUAACGUCCUUCCACUUUGCCAUUUGUUUUCACUCAGUUGCAUUUAAUGUGUGUCAGAAAUAAUGUCAACAUUUGUCUGUGAAUAAAUGAAUUCUCUCAA